CCCCGAGGAUGAAGAAGAAGAAGAAGAUUCCGUUAACGGUCAAUCUCUAACGGCCAUUGCCCUGAGGUAGAAGAAGAAGAAGAAUCUCGUGAACCAUCAUGCUCAGAUUCUUCGUCCUAGAAGAUCCGAACGCGGCCAAACGACUGCAACGUCGGACCAGCAUUGCUGUGCUCGUCGUCGUGUUCGCAGUCAUUGUAAUCGUCUUCGCUAACUUGCUCCACCGCGCUAUGCGGGGGGUGUCACGCAGUCGUCAAGUUGUCGUCACUGACAUUCUGGAAGAGCCAUACGAGACCGACGCUUUCUUGCCGGACGGCUUACCGGACACCAUCUCACCGUCUCACUAUACCAUACAAUUCCAACACGACGACAAUUCGUACAACGGAACUGUAAGCGUAAGCAUCAUUUGCCACGUCGCCACCCGUCAAAUUGUCAUGCACGCCGGUUCAGCGUUGGGCGUGUCCAAGCUAAUCGUCCAGGACAAUACAGGGGUGGUAUUUCGUACAAUCUUCUCUCGCAAGCCAUCGCCUCACGAUCUCCUUGUCAUCACGACCGACAGGCUGUUACUAUCGGAGACAAGCUACAAUGUCACCAUCUGGUUCUUGGGCAACCUGUCGCGAAUACCGGAAACGUUCCCUGAAAUGUACACGCCCGUAGACCGUGGGCUCUUACUGAUCGAAGUGGGACGCAUGAAAGCAUUGGCGCUUAUCAACGAGGGCAAAGCGCUCCGCGAUGUUUUCCCUUGCUUCAACUACCCGAUCUAUCGGGCAACCUUCAAGUUAAGCAUGAUUGGGAACCGUGGUAUGGUUGCCAUAACGAGCAAGGACCCUUUCGAAGAAGAUAUUCCGGGAACAGCGGAUGCUCUCUCCAUCAUAUUUCCUCAAAGUGAAAGAAUUCCGAAUUCAAGGUUCACUUUCUUCUACUCAAAUUUCUGGAGCGUGUCCAACAGCGAUCCCGUUAGGGUAUGGUCCUACAAGAGUACAGAAGACAUGUCUACUUCAACGGCACUGGCUACUAGUGUGUACCAGUACCUACAAAAGGACUACCCAAAAUGGCCGCUUCCCGAACAAAUUCACAUAGUGGGUCUGCCCGGCCAUGUUACCCCUGCCUGUAACUGGGGUGUCAUUUACUUCAAAGACGAAGACCUGAGGAUAACGGCGUCGGACAGCCUCGAAAAAAAGGCAAACCUGGGCUUCAUUCUUGUACGCUGUCUCACUCGCACCUGGUGGGGUUCGGUGGUGUCAACGGUGUGGUGGCGAGACGAAUGGAUUUUCUACGGCCUCUGUACGUACAUGGCUAUCGCCAUCGUCUCAAACCGAAUCCAAGGCACCGACUUCCACGCCAGUGUCUUCGCUGCCCGAUUGGUCGCCAUGACGGCUGAGAGCAACGGCCACCUUUCUCACGUUGCAAACGACGCGAAGCUGCCGUACUUCUCCGACGUCUACCUCUGGGAGGAGGCGAGGCAAGCGUGGGCGACGUCCGUCUUUCACACGUACGCCCUGUUCGUCGGUUACAGUACCUUUACGUGGGAGCAAGGCAUGUUCAUAGAGGAACACCAGUUCAGUGCUGUGACCGCCGCGCAGUUCGUUGCCCAGUUCGGGAGUGACAGGAUCGUGACGCAGGAAUUCUUCCAGUCGUGGACCAGUACCCCAGGAAUUCCUCUUCUCCGCGUGGGCAAGUACGCCGACGGCGGGGUUACCGUGGAACAGGAACGGUUCUGCGUCACACACCCUUCCUGCGCGUCCGCCGGCGAACAUGUCUGGCGGGUUCCGAUCUUCGCCAGAGUGUACAACGAAUCUUUCCUAUCGCACGCAACAGCGGCGGUACACAUGCAGCGCAAGACACAGGUCAUAGAGCUGGGAAGCCCUUUCAUGUUUAUAUAUUUAUAUCCAAAGACCGCCAUCUACUCGCGAAUCAUGUACUGCGUGGACAACUGGGUGAAAAUAGCGGACGUUCUUGCAGAGCGGAAGCUGUCCUAUUUUCCUCCUGUCAACCGAGCUACGUUUCUGGACGACCUGGCAGCCUUUGUGCGAAGCGGUCUUCUGGAUAUGCCGUUUUUCCUGUCUUUUCUGAGAUAUCUUCCACAUGAAACGAGUCCGAUUGUUUGGAACGUCUACAGAACAGCGUACGCUGCCUUUCUUGCAGAAGGAAAGGAGCAGGAUGUAAAACUACUGAAGGACUUUCAUGAACGCUUGUGCGGUGAGCUCCGCGACGAUUUCAAACAGCUAGUUCGUUGUGUGUCAGCCAUAUAGUGUGUCCUGUUCCGCGAGUGUACGCAGCAGGUGUGGCAUAGGCGGUAGCACAGUGACGUAGAAUAUUGCGAUGUGAUAUUCUGUACGCGUGCUGAAAGCUAUCGAAAAUCAUUUAAUAAUACCACGAAUUUCAUUGUCGUGCCAAGUGUAAAUAUAAAGAAAUGUGAUUUUGCUCUUCUGUA